UAAAUGCCCAGCCCCCUUCUCUCUCUCUCUCUCUCUCUCUCUCUAACACCACCUAGCUAGUUAGAGAGCUGAGUCCUAGAGACCCCCACUUCAAACCCACCAUUCUCUCUCUCUAUAUAUAUAUAUAGAUAUAUUGCCGGAGAUGGAUGGGUACGGACUGUCGGCGCCGGAGUGUUUUCCCAUCGACGACCUCCUAGACUUCUCCAACGACGACCUUUUCUCCGCCUCCACAACCACCGACAACCACCACCACCUCACUUCCUCAAACAACACCUCCAUCUCCGGCGGCGGAGGCAAUGCUCCCAAUCUCAAUCAAUCCACUGAUUUCACCGACGACCUCUGCGUCCCCAGUGAUGUUGUAGCUGAGCUCGAAUGGCUCUCGGACUUCGUCGACGACUCGUUGUGGUUCUCGAACAACUUCGUCGACGAAUCGUUCGCCGGAACUGUAAAUCUGAGUCCUGAAACCUCAUUUCACGGCCGAUCACGAAGCAAACGAUCCAGAGCAUCAUCAAUCAACAAACGAUGGCCUUCCUCGCCUGAAUCUGAAACUCCGAUGAUCGCAGAAUCAAAGGCGUUUAUUAAGAAAAGAGAGAGCUCGUCGAGUUCGUCUUCGUCGGAAAGUUCUCAGGCGGAGGUGGCUCGUCGAUGCACGCACUGCGCGUCGGAGAAGACGCCGCAGUGGCGAACCGGACCGUUGGGGCCGAAGACGCUGUGCAACGCGUGCGGAGUCCGUUUCAAGUCGGGCAGGCUGGUGCCGGAGUACAGGCCGGCGGCGAGUCCGACCUUCGUGUUGACUCAACACUCGAACUCUCACCGGAAAGUAAUGGAGCUCAGGCGGCAGAAGGAGAUGCUCCGGCGAGGACAGCAGGAGGAGGAGCAGCAGCAUCACCACCACCACCACCAGCAGCAGCUCUUCCGCCACCAACACAACUUCGAGGUCUGCUAACGUCGUCAUUGCAUACAUGUCAGGAUCACAGCUCUUAUCUUCUCAUCAUAUCACAUCAUGUGUUUGACACUUCAAUGUAUUACACACUCAUAGAUUCUCUCUCUCCCAUGUUACCUUAUCGAGAAACUUUUUUUAAUUUUCUUUCAUUUUCUCUUUAAUUUUAAAAGUUUCAAUUA